GCAGCAUCCUUCAGGAGCACAAAGGACACCAGACAACAACACAAAACCAGCAGAAGGAAACCAGAACUGUCCUUUUACACAUGAGCACUUAAAAGAAUUGAAAAGGUUUAAAAGCUAAAUAGAGCAAGUAGAACAAUGCACAGUGUGUUUUGUUUAAAGGAGGACUGAUCUACAUAUCUCCAGCAGUGACCUGACCCAUCCUGAGUGUUGAUGACAGUUGUUGUUUUGCCUUAUAACAGAGGCAUGCUUUUUUGCAAUCUCAAUGGACAAGGAAUAAUUUCAUAGCCACUACAUCCUGAUUCAGUGGAGAGACCUGGACGCAGCAUUUGGAUGCAGGAACAUGAGGACACGCAGCGGGGCACCAGCAGUGCCCAGGUUGGGGUACUUCCAGCGGGGCGGGGCAGCAGUAUGGGCGCAGUCCCGGUGGAGGACAUGCAGGUGCUGUCAAUCACCUCUCUCUCCACCUCUGAGGUGGAACAGCAGUAUGAGCUGAUUGCUCCUCUUGGGAAGGGCACCUAUGGAAAAGUUGAUCUGGUGGUGCACCGGACACAGGGCACUAAACUCGCUCUGAAGUAUGUGAGUAAGAACAAGACAAAGUUGCGUAGUUUUUUGCGUGAGUACAGCCUGACUGUCGCGCUGGGCUGCAGUCCGUUCAUCAUCAAAGUGCUGAACAUUCUGUUUGAGACCGAGGACAGCUAUGUGUUUGGUCAGGAGUACGCACCUGCGGGAGACCUGUUUGACAUUAUCCCACCUCAGGCCGGUUUGCCGGAGGAAAUGGUCAAACGUUGCGUUCAGCAGCUGGGUUUAGCUUUAGACUUCAUGCACAGUAAAAGUUUCGUUCAUCGGGAUGUGAAGCCAGAAAACGUUCUUCUAUUCGACCGUGAGUGUCGACGUGUCAAAUUGGCUGAUUUAGGAAUGACUCGCCGGGCGGGCAGCAGAAUCAAACGAAUCAGCGGUACCAUCCCCUACACCGCGGCCGAAGUGUGCCAGGCCUCGGUAUCAGAGGGUAUCGUUGUGGCAACGACCCAGGACGUUUGGGCAUUUGGAGUUCUGCUGUUCUGCAUGCUUACGGGAAAUUUUCCUUGGGAAGUUGCAUUGCCUAGUGAUGCAUUCUUUUCAGAGUUUCAGCGCUGGCAGCGGGGGGCGUGUCUGCCCGGCGCCGUACCGUCCCAGUGGAGGCGUUUUUCUGACGAUGCGCUGCGCAUGUUUGGCCGGUUGUUGGCGCUGGAGCCAGAGCGGCGCUGCGGUGUUAAAGAAAUGUUUUACUUCCUGAAAUAUGACCUGCUGAAUCAUCAUCGCCAUAGAGCUUCCUGUCGGGCUUCAAGGAGAAGUUCCACGCAUUGCUCCACCCACAGACACGCAGAGCCCUCCCCUCCUUCUGGCACUUCUUGUCUAUGCCCCACCCCCCUCAAACGUAGCAUCCUGUCCGAGCCACAUUCUUCUAGAGAGGAUACAUCUAAAAGUCCAUCUCCGAACCGUCAAGACAAGAGUAAAAUGAUGAUGACCACUCCAAUUGAAAUUUGUGUAUGAAGCCAAUACCGCAGGUCUCAAAGUAUGGUUUUUUCUGGACGACCUGAGAUUUUUUUCAAAAUGGUAUCAAUAUUACAUUAACUAGGAAAAAUAGCAAAGGCAAGAAUGACAGCAGACUCCAUAUUAUAUGACAGAAGUCUACAGCACAAACUACCAUAAAUGUAGGUCCUAAAAACUCUCUAAACCUGGUGACUCUAAAACUCUCCUGAUUUAAAAAAGAUUUGUCACUUAAGUAUUGAAUUAAGCGUAAUCGCUUUCAUUUUAAAGGAAGAGUUCACCCAAAAAUGAAAAGUCUGUCAUCAUAUACUCACCCUCAGUCUUUUCCAUAUUGGUUACUGGGGACGACAAUCUCCAAAAAUGACAAAAAAAGCAUCUUUAAAGUAAUCCAUACAACUUGCUAUGUUUUUCUGAAGGCAUAUGAUAGUUUAGUGGGAGAACACACACAAAAAGUUGAUGAUGAUCUCAUCUUUUCUUCAUGUAAGGAUGUGUUGCACCAAUAUAAAUAUCAACUAUGUCAAAUUGUUGACAACACUUGAGUUAAAUGAGGUUUUGAAACUUAAACCUGUGCCUUUACCUCACACAAAGCUGUUAUAUGGCCCAAAAGACUUGGAAUAUAGUGUACUAUAUAGUAUAGACUAGUUUUAAGGUGCUUUCUUUGUCAUUUUUUGAGCGUUUUCAAUUCAAUUUUCAAAAUUUCAUGAGAGUGAGGAAAGAUGGCAGAAUUUUCAUUUUUGAAUGAACUAACCAUUUAAAGGGAUAGUUCAUCCAAAAAUGAUCAUUUAUUCACCCUCAUGUGUAUGACUUUUUUCUUCUGUAGAACACAAAUGAAGAAUAUCUGAGCUCUGUUGGUCCAUAAAAUGCAAGUAAAUGGUGGCCAAAACUUUGAAGCUCAAAAAAGUACAUUAAGGCAUAUUACGCCCCGGCUCUAGGGGAAUACAAAUCACCAAAGAGGCGCAACAAAUAAUUAUUGGGUUGUGGAAAUGGAAUCCCAGAACGCAUCACUCCGGUCGACAACCAAAAACUCUUGCACAAAAUUGAAGCAAAAAGUAAGUAAUUUAUUAAAGAAUAACAAGUGAAAUAAAGAGCAAAUCUUCAAGGUGUCCAAAAGGCCAAAAUAACAAACAAAACGAAUAUAGAAAGUAAAAGGGAAAAUUAAUAACCUACUCAAAUAUCAAAAGAAAAUACAUUUAUCUUACCUAACUCCCUGCCCAAAAAACAGAGAUCAAACAAUUACAAAAUAAACAAGGCAGGACACCCCUACGCUCCACACUGUUAAGAUGGUUUAGACCUUAGGAGAACGGCUCAAAGGUUAUCACAAGAUGCACGUUCACUUGAACUAAAUAAAGUUUCUAAUACACAAUUUGAUCAUCGGCCGGAGGAGGGAUUCCGGAGCUCUCAACCCACGUCGCGACCGAACCAAGAAUGAGCUCCCAGACAAGUGCCAGCAGCGUCCUUAUAAAGACCACGCCCUGACUGGACAACCAAUGGCGUUCGUGCACCCCGAUCAUUGGACAACCUAUUAGAAAUCAGAAAAACAAAAAAAAAAACAAAAGAGAGAGAAAAAAGAAAAAGACAGAGCAAUAGAGAAAACAAUUAGCUACAUAAACACAGGUCAUAACAAGGCAGCAUAAAAGUAAUCCAUAAGACUCCAGUGGUUUAAUCCAUGUCUUCAGAAGCAAUAUGAUAGGUGUGGGUGAGAAACAGAUCAAUAUUUAAACCCUUUUUGCUAUAAAUCUCCACUUUCACUUUCAAACUCUGAAAAUGAAAGGGAAAGUGGAGAUUUAUUGUAAAAAAGAAAAAAAAAGAUAUAUAUCAAAUAGUAUGAAAUAUUGAUGUGUUUCUGACCCAAAGUAACUGCAUCGCUUCAAACCACCGGAGUCCUAUAGAUUACUUUUAUGCUGCCUUUAUGUGAUUUCUGGAGCUUGAAAGGUCUGGUCACCAUUCACCUGCAUUGUGAUGACCAACAUAGCUUAACUAUUCUUGAAAAAUAUUUGUUUGUCUUCAGCAGAAGAAAGAAAGUCAUACACAUCCAGGAUGGCAUGAGGAUGGGUAAAUGAUGACAGAAUUUUCAUUUCUAGGUCAACUAUCCCUUUAAUGUAAUAUGGCUACCAUAACUUCACUUUUAGUGCAUUAAAAACCAAAAAGUUCAACGAAGAAGGGAAGACAAAGAUCUUUUCGUUGUGAAGUUAUCAUCGUCACGUGACUUUUCAACCAGCCUAUUACAAAAUCAUCCAUCUGCACCAAUAGAAGAAAAAGAUUAUUUUAUACUGGACUAAGAUACAAACAUUAAAACAGAACUCAAUGCCAUGUUGACUUGGAGACAUCACUGCCUAUUUGUUGAACUUUUGAAAGACACAAAUACACAGAAAGACAUUCUUUAAAGCUUCCUCUGCUGUACAUUUCGAGUUUUUUUUUAAGAAUAACGGCACAGUCUCCGUAGAUUACAGGGAUUUUAGUAUGUGUGUUUGUAGCUGAUGUGUAUAUUCAAGCACCAACUUUCCAUGAAAUCUUUGAAGAUAUCCAUCAGGAGCUGUUCAUUUUUGUGGGAGUUUUUUUAAACUGUUCUGAUCUGUUCUGUGUUUUUCUGUAAUGGGUCAAUUAGGCUAGAAAAGCCUCAAGGGAUUGCUCAAAAACACAAGAACAUCUGCUCUCUAGAACAUUGUUACAGUUCUUUGUCCGGUGUAGUGCUAAUUUGUAGAGAAAGGAAUAAUAAACUAUCACUUAACUUAAACAGAGAUUACUUUUAGUCUUAAACUAAUGUCUCACCCCCCCAAAAAUCUGGAUUAAUCUGGAACAACAUGAGGGGGAGUAAAUAAUAAGGGGUUAUUUGCAAUGAUUUUAUGCACUAUUCCUUUAGUUCAAGUGUAUGUUUACAUAUAGCUAUAGAAGAAUAUUAGAUAUUGAUUGUGGCAGUAGAUAACUGUUAAAGUCUUAAAAUAUUUGAGGAUACUUUGCAAAUUAGCACAAGUUUCUCAUUAACAACAUGCUCAUAGGACAGAAUAUAAGAAGUACUACAAACAAUAUGGUGCUCUGUCAUACAUGCAAACGACUAGUUGAUGUUAUGAAACAAUAACAAUCAUAGAACAGUUUAAUAGUUAUGGAUUCUGUUCUUGUUAGUCACUGAAUUCUGUAAAAAGUAUAUAGUUGAAAAUUACCUUGGAAUAUCAAUUCAAAGAAACAGCUGGUAUUUAUAAAUAUCAAAUUAAUAAAUACACAUAAAACUGGAUGUUAUUUAGCUGCUGUGAGUAGGAAAUGCCAUAGAUUGUUCUGACUGAUU